ACGAGAAAUAUUCUUCAACUACUCUCAUCCUAGUUCAAGUUUUGACUGACAAACAUAUUUUAUCUAAAGAAAAUAACAUAUUAAGUCAUCAAAUACGUAAUUCCCCGUUACAAAUUUAUUAUAAUGAUAACACUUACAUGCUCAUCAAACCUAACACCAACAGUUCUAUAAUUUCUCUCCUUAUCUAAUCAAAAAUUACGAAUGCAAUUACUAUAACUAAGCAUGGUGGCCGGCAUUAAAGUCAUCGGAACAGCCUACUCAAUAGCCACGAUGCGAGUCUUGGCUUGUCUUUAUGAAAAAGAUCUAGAUUUCCAAUUUGUUCCCGUUGACUUGAGUACUGGUCAACAUAAAAUGGAACCCUUCCUUUCUCUCAAUCCUUUUGGUCAAGUUCCAGCUUUUGAGGACGGAGAUCUAAAGUUAUACGAAUCGAGAGCUAUCACGAGAUACAUUGCUGAAGAGUACAUGAACAAGGGGACAGAUUUGGUGUUCAAGGAACCAAAGAAGCAGGCCGUUGAGUCUGUUUGGGCUGAGAUUGAGGCCCAUCAUUUUGACCCAGCAGGUACUAUUCUGAACUGGGAGCUGUCCGUGAAGCCCAGAUUACUGGGCCAAGAAGUGGACCGGGCCGUAGUCGACGAAAACGAGGCUAAGCUGGUAAAAGUGCUAGAUGUGUACGAGAAGAGAUUGUGUGAAUCCAAAUACUUGGGGGGCGAUCGGUUUACGUUGGCUGAUCUUCACCACCUACCUACGGCGGAUUAUUUGACCGACACGAGUAUUAAGAUGUUGUUCGAGUCUAGGCCACGUGUCAGUGAUUGGUUGGCUGAUAUCACUGCCAGACCAGCUUGGAGGAAGGCUGUGGAAUUGAGAAACCAAGCCUUGAAGAAACGGGUUGAUUCUUCAAUGCAGGGAUCACAAACCAAAUAGGAGAUAGGAUGUGUGUCAUUGUGUGUAUGUUGUUUUCUAAUAGGAAAAAGAUAUCUGUAGUUUAUAUGUUUGUUAUUUUAGCUUUUGUGGUCUGCAUAUUUUUUUUUUGGCUUAUUUGUAAUCUAUGUUCUUCAACUAGGAUUUUUAUGGAUUGGUUUGUUUUGAAUU